GUCAUGGUCUUAUUCAGUUGUAAUACUAUCUUGAAUUUUACAAGAGAACCCUCAAUGUUCUGCAAAUGACUUGUAAAAGUUUCCUGGUACAGCAUUUGGAUGAGGAGAAGAUUUUGAAUCUGGUGAGUUUAGAAAAAGACGUGGAUGGCUUCCAUCCAAUAAAUAUGGGGAAUCUCUCCAUGAGAGGAAGGGAACCGCUCUUUGUUCCCUGCACACCUAAAGGUUGCCUUGAGUUAUUGCUUCGAUCUGGUGUGGGAAUAGUGGGAAAGAAGGCAGUAGUGAUCGGGAGAAGCAACAUUGUAGGAUUGCCUAUAGCAUUACUACUGCAGAGGCACCAUGCAACCGUCACAACAGUACAUGCUUGCACGAAGAAUCCCGAACAUAUCACAUGCGAAGCUGACAUAGUAGUCACAGCAGCUGGGGUACCUAAUAUGAUUCGUAGUAGUUGGCUGAAGCCGGGUGCAGUUGUUAUUGAUGUUGGGACUUGUCCAGUUGAGGAUCCCAGCGCGGAGUAUGGAUACCGUCUUGUAGGAGAUGUAUGCUAUGAAGAAGCAUUGAGGAUAGCAUCUGCAGUUACUCCAGUACCCGGAGGAGUUGGACCUAUGACAAUUGCCAUGCUUCUGUGCAACACUCUUGAUUCUGCCAAACGGCUGUAUGGCUUUACGUGACCAGCAGCUCUCAUUAUGAAUGGCUCGCAAUUUAUUUAGUAUCUACAAAGCAUUAGCUUGGUUGUAUUUUACGGUUUCUUCUCAUCAUUUUUGCAGUCCCCAUCUUACCUUAACAAUCAACUAGGGAGUACGGACUUUUUUGUCUCAUUAUUUAUUCUUUUUGCUUUCAUUUUCUAAAUAAUUGGUAAAUUGCAAAAGCAAAUUAUUAGGAAACAAAA